UAUAAUGGAAACCACUUCAAGCUGGGUGUGCCGCUGCACCCCCAGCACCCCUAGUUAGAGAACCUAUGGACAUCUCCCAUAGGCAACUGCUCAGCCUCUCUCCUCCCAUUCCUCUGGAUAAGCUGCAUGAAAUUGCAGCCAAAGUGUAUGAAAAACUUGACGUCCUGUUGAGUGGAAAAACGUACCAACCAGGUAUUCUCCCUCAACGCCUGCAUGCUGUUUUUCAGAACCAGAUCCAGCUGCUGCAGAGAGCUAUCAUUGAAAGCAGACUGGAGUGUGAACGUCACUGUGGAAUCUUUAGAUAUGACGCUGUCUCCUGCAUGAAUUGUAACGUCUCCAGACCAGCUUGCUUUGGAUAUAACUGCGAAUCAUCAGAAGAAUGGGAAGCAGCCUUGAAAGGCCUUUUUGAUUACAUAAAUGAAAUAUACCAACAAUCAGCAAGGUGGCUAGUUGCCUUGAGAAGGAUCCCAGGCUUCCUCAAUUGCACAUCCACCAGCCCAGCAAUGCUAAACUUUAAAAGGAUAAAGGCCAGCAUGUCUGAGACUUGGCACAACACACUUGUGAACAGGAAGACUACUGGAUGGCACAAAUACAGAAUCCCCACCACCACAGUGAUAGACUGCUGAGCUGCAAUUUUUUAAAUGAACAUGUAGAAUAUAUUAGGUGUAAGGGAAAUUAAACAUUAGAAA